AGGCUGGCGUGGCCUCUUAUAUCUAUGUUAUAUGAGGGAUAAUAUUUGAGACAAAGGACACUUUCUGUGACAGUUUUAUUACAAAACAGGUCGUAUUUCAUCUCCUUGUUGUUGUGUUAUGUUUGCUGAAAGUUAAAGCUGAUGUAGUUUUAUUUUACUUUUAGUACGUUUUAAAAUAAUGUCUUACUUUACGGGCGACUAACAAAACCUUCCGGAAAAAACAAGUGGAUGUGUUGUCCAGACUUACAGACUACAACAUAAUAUUAUCGCCUGAAACUGAAUAAACAACAUAAAAAAAGACAUAUUUGUUUACACCAGGAGAUCUGUCCAUUCACUUUAAUGCGUCAAUUACCUGUUUUAACAUCAAGUUUGAUAUAUUAAAAAAAAUAAUACACUGUAUUUGACUGUCGUAGAGAGAAAAAGUAUGUCAAGUCUGCUUCCGAGAAAUAAACCUGUAACCAGAGACCUUCCUUUCCUAAUUAUAGAGAAGCAGCGGCUCUGUGUCUCCCUCCAGCGGCAGCUAUUGUGCACUUCACUGAAUGUGGAGCACAACAAGGAGGACCACGGGCAACUAACGGGAUUUGAUUUAAAUUUACACCACUUCUAUCACAUCGACCACGACUGAUCGGAGCCCUGCGGCUGUUUGGACGACUGCUCGCCGGAAGCUCGUCGGUGGUUUGUGGUGCAAAGUGACAUUGUGUCGCCGUAAGUGACAGAAAAAGCGUUCCAGACUCAAGUUGAGACUGCAGACACUAGAUCAUGUGAAAUCUCUUUACAUGCGCAGACAGCUUCGCUUUUACUCCACAAAGAAACACAACAGGGGGAACAAAUAACUUCCUUCCUGCCGCUGCUGCUGCACCAAGCCGUUGCACAGAGUUUGUGGCCGCAGGUUUUCUGCAGAACAAGAAAGUAAGGUAGUUGCAGGGCCAGUAGAUGCUCGCUUCCUGUUUCCUCCUCAGCACCCAACCUGCCCAGCUCUAUCUGAUCUCCUCUGACUCAUAAAGUGAGAGGAGAUCAUGUUCACCCUGCCCACGUGUCAAAUCUCACACAAGAAAUGGCAUCACUGAAGGAUUUGCUGGAGUGGUGCCGCGUCGCGUGCUCCUGUUACCCCAACGUGGACAUAAAGAACAUGUCAACCUCAUUCAGAGAUGGACUUGCCUUUUGUGCCCUCAUCCACAAGCACCGGCCCGACCUGAUAGAUUUCAGCUCCCUCUCCAAAGAUAAUGUUUAUCAAAAUAACAAACUGGCUUUUGAGAUUGCAGAGACGAAGCUGGGCAUCCCUGCACUGCUGGACCCAAACGACAUGGUUUGCACCAAGGCGCCUGAUUGUUUGAGUGUCAUCACCUACCUCGCUCAGUACUACUCCUUCUUCAGCAGGAAGUCUUAUGCAGGUCUUGCCAGUUUGAGUUCAUCCCAUGUUACUGUCUUAAACAAGAGUAAAGCUCCUGAUGGUCUGAAACCCUGGAAGAGCUCGACUGAUCUCGAAACAAGUGGAGACGAACGUUUAUCCAACAAAGGGCCCCGGACGGUGUGUAGUUUGUGUUUUAAGCCUGUGCACCUCAUCCAGAGACACUGGAUUGACGGAAAGGUCUACCAUCGCAGCUGUUUCAGGUGCAGAGUGUGCCACAGUAGUCUCUUACCAGGGUCUUACUCAAGGGGAAGUGAGGCUGGCUCCUUGAUUUGCACUCACCAUAAAACAGACAGUAAAAGUACUUUUGUUUCCCUCAAUCAGCGAACCGGAUCUACCGAGAAUCGGCCCAAAUGUACGUUUCAGACAGGUUAUUUUUCUCUGGGGGGAUCAGCUAUCACCAGCGUUCCUCAUUACACUAAGAAAACAGAGUCACAGGGCAGAUUGGUUAUUAAAACAGCACAGACAGAGGGGAAAGAAAGGCAGGAGAGGAGCAGAGAGGUGAAAGACCGACAAAACGGAGACUACACUGUUGGACUGAGGAGUGUUGUAAAAAAGCCAGCGCCUCCUAAUCUUCCCCCACCCGGUGAUAUAGACAGCACCGUCGAAGGAGCUGGAAAAGCUGGAACUCCACCCGUUCUGGCAGACUGCAAGAUACAGCAGGGAACGACUCAAGAGCCCUCUGAGCUCUCUUCAUCUUCUGCAGGAGUGACAGAAAGAAUUAGUCGGCCAGUUCCAGCACCCAGGAGAACGUCAGACUCCUCUGUAGUCCCCGUUCCUGCACCCAGGACUAAAACCUCCCAGACAAUGAACAGCUCCCCCGCUGCAGACAAUUCAGCCAACCAAACCAAAUGUUCACCCAGUUCAUCUCAUGUGACCAGCCCAACCCGUGGUAGCCCGAAAGUGACCACCAACCAUCCCUGGCUGGCCAUCGUCCACCCUGGACCCUGGACACAGCUGCCUCCCGCUCCAGCUCCAGUACCCACUCCUCGAUCCAAAUCUGUCUCUAACCUGCAGAGGUCAUGGUACAGACCCAAAGUGCCUGCUCCCAAUCCAUUUGGAGAGGAUGUGGAUGAGGAUACCCAGGAAGAGGGCAGUAAACCUGAGCUGUCAGACCCAACUGAGCCUUCAGGGCAUUGUGUCAGUCUGAGCGGAGCUACUAACACAGCGGGCGCUUCCAGUGAAGCAGUUAGUAGUCAAAUUGGUAUAGCAGAUUUGGAUGAAAGUGGAAACACAGGAGGUUCGCUACAAGAUGUGACAGCACAGAGUCACAUUUUACCCAGGAGUCUCUCUGUGCCAGCUAUCACAUCUGCUUCCUGUCAGAGUUCCUUUUUGCCUGAUGACAUGACAGAGGCUAAUGAAUGUGAUCCAGACACGUCACGUCAAAGUAAGCUGGCCUGCAAAGAAAAUCCUUUUGAUCGAAAACCUGGAAUUCCCAGAUCAAAAACUUUUCAGUCCCUCCAAUCGCAACGGGCCCAGGCCCCUGGACAUGGCUUCCCACUCAUCAAGAGGAAGGUGCAGACAGACCAGAAUAUUUGUACAGAAGGGCUGCAGGUGGAGAUGAGAGAACUGGAGAAACAACUGGAGGCGCUGGAACAAAGAGGAGUCGAACUGGAGAAGAACCUGAGAGACUGCAAGAAUGAUAAAGAGGGGGAACAAAUGCUAAUGGAGUGGUUAUCUCUUAUCCAUGAGAGACAUGUCCUGGUGCGCAGAGAUACAGAGCUGGUUUAUCUGGCGAAGCAGCAGAAGUUGGAGGAGAGACAGGCAGACGUGGAGUACGAGCUCAGAUGUCUCCUCAAUAAACCAGAGAGCGACUGGAGUCAGGAGGAUCGAGGUCAAGAGAAGCAGCUGAUGGAGGAGCUGGUCGCCAUCAUCGAACAGAGGAACCAAAUCAUCAGCAGCUUGGAUCAGGACAGGCAGAGGGAAAGGGAAGAAGAUAUGCUUUUGGAAGCCAUGAUGAAGAACAAAGAGCUACAGAAAGAAGGACUAAAAGAGCUGAAGAAGUCAAAAGGAAAGUUCAAGCCAAGCAAGGUUUUUAAGAUGCUGAACCAUAAAGCUGCAGAGAGCACCAAAGACUCCACAGACAAAAAGAGCUGAAGUACCAUCACGACUGCAGAAACUCUCACAGACAACAAACUCGUUUUUACUUUGAGAUGAUGAAGAUAGGAAAAAGUAUUGAUCAUAAUAUGAAAUGGUUUAUUAAUUUUAUGUUCAGGAGCACUCAGGUAGCAUAGAAGAAAUGAAUCAUUUGCAGUUCAGCAUUAUCAAACACAUUUUAUCCUCUGUGUUUAAUCACUUGCCCUCUCUACCAUAUGCAAUCAGUAUUUAUGUUUUUUAUUUCAUUACAUACUUGUAUUAGUAUGUAAUAAAUAUUUAUUUGACAACGUUUUUUGUCUUGUCUAUGGAGAAGGAUUGUAUAUAAUAUGAUUAAACAACUUUUAUUGUGAAUAAUAUUUUUUAUUAUUGUUUUUUUUAUGGUAGUUAUCUACUAUGCUGGAAAAGGUGCAUUUGAAGUAACUCAAAACAGAUAAAACCAACUUGUCCUGAGUUGUCUGAGUAAGAACAUUCACAUACAUAAUAUCAGUUUUAUUGUUUCUGCUCUAAUGUUGUGGUUUUAAGUUAGAAAAUGGGAAUCCUUAAAGAGCUGAACACAGUGAUGCAAGAACUGCAAAUAACCUGGCUGUAACUUGUAACUGGAUUUGUGCCUCCUGUCUAGUCCUGUCUUGUUUUUCUUCAGAGAGUUUGUUUAGUACAGAAAGAGUAUUUUUUUUUUUUUAAAGGCACUUAAUUUAGAGUCAAAGUUGAGGAAUUCUCUUCAAGGAGUCCUGGUUUGUUUUUGACAAAUAGUCUAAAUAAACGUAAAGAAUUAAAUGCAUCAGUAAUACACGGAAAUGUCAUGCUAUUCUUACAAAAACAUUUUGUAGUUUUACCUACUCAUUCCUCCGUCAGUGUCACUCUUUUUCUAAGUUUGUAACCCAAAUUAAGUAACAAUAAAACAGACUAAUGAAAUUUGA